AUGGAGGGAAUUGCGCACUUCGUGAGUGCCGCAAUGGGAAGCGCCGACGACGCCGACAACGUACAGGGCAAGUGGAUCGGCCUGGGCAUUGUCAUCAGCUCUGCCGUGCUCUCGAACUUGGGCGUCAACGUACAGAAGCUCUCGCAUGUGCGGGAGGAAGAGAAGCCCUUAUUUGAGCGCCAGACGUACUACACGCGUCCGCUGUGGCUCACGGGUUUGAUCCUCGUGGUGUUAGGCGCCGUCGGAGACUUUGAAGCACUGGGCUUUGCCCCGCAGGCCCUCGUGGCGGCCGUGGGCGGUGGCUUCACAGUGCUGGCCAAUGUCUUCUUUGCGCACUUGUGGUUAGGGCAGAUCUUGACCAAGACCGAUGUGCUAGGCACGCUGCUCAUCAUUAUUGGCGUCGUACUUAGUACGGUCGCCAACGAACCCGACGAACAGCUGUCGCUCGGCGAGCUCGAGUUCCAGUUCUACCAGCUCGGGUUCCUCAUUUAUCUCGGCGUUAUGACCGCUGUGCUCGCUGUGAUUUUCGCCCAAAUUGACGCCAUUCUAAGACUCCCCCGAUCGCCCAACGAGGCCAAGUACAGAGUGCUGCCGUUCAUGUACGCGACGGCGUCGGGGAUCUUUGGCUCGUUCUCGGUGCUGCUGGCUAAGUGCGCGUCGAUUCUGAUCAUCCUGACGAUCGGUGGCGAGAACCAGUUUGUCUACUUUACGACGUACCUGUUCAUGGGCGGCAUGAUCUGCACGCUCGUGCUGCAGACGGACCUGCUGAACCGGGCGAUCAUGGCGGGCGAUACGCUCAGCGUGUUUCCGAUGUUUCAGUGCUUUUGGAUUGGAUCCAGUGUCAUUGGUGGCGUCGUAUUCUAUGAGAAGUACACGCGUUUCUCGCUCUUCGACUGGAUCUGUUUGCCGAUCGCGCUAGCAUUUAUCAUUGUGGGCAUUUACUUGUUGUCAAAGCACGGAGAAGGCGAAGUUGAUGAUCUGGAUGGCCCGGAGCUCAGCUCUCCGCUCCACCUCGCGCACUUGACGGGCCAUUUCGGCGCCCUCAUACCUCUGUCGCCGCAAGGCCGCUCGUACAGCACAUUUGGUCGAAAAAGUUUCGAUGAUCGCGAAAGCGAGUACGCUUCAGUGCGCUACACGCCCUUGAAGAGUCGUGUUUUUGACCGCAAUGGGCAUUCAAGCGGAUGUGUCAAUGAACACGACCACGGGCAAGCAAAGGACAAGUCUGACGGCGAGUGGCAUGGUCCUCACGGUCGAAGACACCAUGAUGCUCAUCUCGAGGAGCAGCCUGUGUAUAGCGGAUCAAUUUAG